AGGUAACACACACAAGUGAUUUUGAAUUAUUUUGUCAAAAACGUGGACACAGAGAUGGUCAAAUUAAAACAAACUGAGCCGUCUUGUAUCUUUGAGUGUCUUUCAGUAAUGUCAUCAUCUCACGUCUCUUCUCUGUUCAGGGAAAACUGAUGGAUGGAAAAGUGAUUGACUCGUCUCUGUCCCGGGACCCUCUUGUUGUCGAACUGGGGAAGAGGACGGUUAUUCCUGGUCUGGAACAAAGCUUGGUUGGCGUGUGUGAAGGGCAAAAAAUCAAGGCUACUAUUCCCUCUCACCUUGCGUAUGGAAAAAAAGGUUACCCUCCUACAAUCCCAGGUGAUGCUGCUCUUGAGUUCGAGGUAGAGGUGAUUUCUCUAAUGCAGCAGACGCCAUGGCAGAAAAUGAUCAAUGACGUGUUCCCCCUGGUGUGUCUCGCCCUGGUGCCCACUCUGCUCGGCCUGGUGGGACUUUACCUCUACAUAAAGGCCAACGCCCAGAAGCCCAGCAAGAAGAAGGCCAAGGACAAGAAGGUCAAGAAGAAAUGAAGACAUGGCACAGAACUAUUUAAAUAAAUUUUUUAAAUUGUA